AUGGCGGCUAUGGACGUGAAGCCCUUUGUGCCGCUUGUGGACUACCCUCGAGAGAUUCGUGGAAGCCUUCGGUUAGUGCUACAGAUCAAGGAUGCCUUUAUCGCGGCUUUCAACUCCGUGGAAGAGUACAGGCGUCAACUACUAGCCUGUCAACGGGGAUUUUCGCGCGGUCUAGCCGUAUAUAACUUGACUGUGGGCCUUGAGAGCAUAAAACAGUUGCGUGCAGAAUUGGAAGAAGUCGAGAGAAAAGUGGAGGCGAAGGCCAUAAGAAAUAGGGUCCUGCGACACCACCUAAAAAAGACCUACACGACUAACCCCCCUUCGAAUGUCUUGCAGGCCGCGAGGGCCACAAGGGUCCUCUUGGGGACGUCUAUUCCCAGCCACAAAGUCAAAAGAAAAAAAGGCGUCGUUGUUCAGUGCGACGGCCCGCCAUCUCUUGUGCCUAUCUCAGCAGGCAUAGAAACUGCGCUUCACGGAGGUCUAGAACCGCAUGCUGGGGAUAUCAACGUCGAUCGAAUCCGUGUGCCCCCGGAAGUGGACCUUUCGUUGGCGUGCACGCCAAGUGGACAACCCCUGCUUCCAGUGGUUGAGUUCUAUCGCGGUUUCUUCUUUCUGCAAAUGCAUUUUCAGGUGAGCAUCUCUUCGCUGAUUCUUCGUAUAACUUUUUCUGUUUCCCUGUGUGCCGGCGAUUACGUCCGCUAACAGAAUGCAAUAUAAUUGCCACUAAAAGGCAACAAAAUAAAAAAACAAAGGCAAAGACGAGUCAGGUAGGCAAUGAGAGCGUUGAAGCAGGCACGGCAUGAGCAUUGCAGCGUGAGAGGGCAAAAAGUUGCGCCGGGUGGAGCGUGAGAACUAUCGGGCGCCGAAGCUAAUCGAUAAGCAAGUGCAAUUAUACACGGCCGUUUGCGCCCUCCGCGACGUCGCCGCAGCUGACCCAACAACCAAUCAAAUCACGAGCUCGGUGAAGACUCAUUACCCCCAUCGAGUACGCUAGCUCGCGGCGAGCUCGCUUGCUAUUGGGGUAACUGCUGACUGGGAUAGCAGAAGCGAUCUGUUCUCGGUUAUCCCUGCUGUCUGACCCUGAGGAAUAACAGUUCCAUCUUGUAUCGGGUCUCGGGUCUGGAACAGGCUAUUUGUAAUCGCGAAGUACUAUUUGAAAAAACCGUCCACUAAUGGCUUACAGUGAGUGACCGAUCUCGCGAAAUGUUGGCCGAAAUGCUGAAGUGCGCGUUCGAUUAGGAAGGAUUACUUAGGUGAGGUUGUAAUCUUGAUUAUCAUGCAGAAUAAUCCUACGGUAUUUCGGACUUUUCAGGACGUCGGCUUUUGAAUGAACUUUUCUCGAUCUGCAGAAACCACACUCGGUAAAAAAAAUGACUACUUAUGCAGCUUACAUUUUUCACAUUGAUUUUCGAUGGUCAUAUAAAUUCAAAUAUAUUUUAUAGAAAACAUGAACAAAUAUAUUCUUUCUUUUGCUUAUUUGGUGGAAAAUCACAUUGCCUUCGCAUUUUAUACCCGAAAAAGUGUAUAUUUAGGUGAUUAAAAUGUUUCCCAAUUCCCGAAUAAUUUAGAGUCUGGUCAGCCGUUGCAUUAUCCUCUAGCGACUUCUGUCUAUAAGGUGUACACUUUUAGCGUCGGGAAAAUCAUAUAUUCCUCUAUGCCUUUAAGAAUAUAUCAUAUAGACUUCAUAAAAUUUUACAAUAGAUACGGAGUAUGUUAUACAUUUCAUGAGAAGCAUGGCAAACGGACAGGUACGGUUCUGUACGAGUGGACAUUGCACGGUCUUAAAAAAUCCCAUAAUUAGAAACUGUGUGAAACCUAAACAUAUCCCUUCUUCGGGUACAAAAUGUGAAGACAAUAUGAUUCUCUACCAAACGAGUAAAAGAAAGCAUAUUUUUUAAAUGUUUUCUGUAAAAUAUAUUUGGAUUUAUCAGACCAUUGGAAAUCAAUGUGAGGAAUGUAUGCUACAUAAGUAGUCAUUUUUAACGAAUGCAGUUUCUGUAGGUGAUCUAAAAGAAGUGCGUUAUAAAGCUGACACCCGGGCAAGUCUGAAAUACUGUAGGACUAUGCCGCAUGAUAGUCAAUAUUACAACCCCACCUAAGUAUGCCUUCCUAAUUGAAAACGCCUUCCAGAAUUUCCGCCAAUAUUUCAUGAGAUCGACCACUCAUCAUCAUCAUCAUCAUCAUCAUCAUCAUCAUCAUCAUCAUCAUCAUCAUCAUCAUUCAGAAGGGGGCAGGCUGAUUAGAACCCUAAGCUUGUCUGGUUUGUGGUCGAUAAUACAUUUAGACAUUUGGUUGCUCCGCAAUGACUCAGAACCGAGCUCCAAGACAUGAGCUGACCAGAUCCGACGAGAAGUUUUUUUGGUGUAGUUAAGUCUGAAAGUUUCCACCACAUGCAGGUCAGAAGAAUCUGACUGGAGCAGGAUGCGGAACAUUUGGAGCAGGAAGGCGAACACGUCUUAUAGGUCCCAUUUGUGAACCACCUGCGCCCUGUAAGAACUCAUGUUUAUGUUUUGGCUCCAGAUGGUGGUUAGAGAUAUGAUUAAUUAUGGCAAAAUAUGCCCGAAACAGACCUGCAUCAAACUACUGGCACAAUUGUCGUCAUCACUUUCUGGCAUGUAGGUGUAGAAGGUGUACCAGUCAGAAACCAGCCCAGUGAACAAUAAACUACCUUCAGCUGGGUGAAAACACGAGAAAAGUAUUAAAAGUAGCACUAUAUGCGGCGGAAGUAAAAAUUUUCUCAAGUGAAAGUGCUGAAACGCGGAAACUCAUUCUAAAUAAGUAAGAUAAAUUUGUAGAAAUAGAGUAGGUGUGCUAACUCAUGAAAUGUCAAGCGAAAUUCCGAAAUGCAUUUUCGUUUCGAAAAGAUCAAUUAUGUAGGGUUGAAAGAACUGGUCAUCGUGCAGCAUAAUUCUAUAAUAAUUCAGUCACCUCAGGAUGCCGGCUUUCGAACGAACUCCUAUUAGUUAGUUUGUAAAAUCUGAAUACAAGUGUGACACCAGGUCGAGUUCAAAAUUAUUCGGGAAAGAUUUUGAAGCCGAAAGAUACUCUUUCUUCAAGCGUGACAUUUUGAGAUUUGAUUUGCCGAAAAACGAGUAAAAUAAGAAUAGCAUUUAUGCAAGCGGUUGGUAAAAAGCUCAUUCAUAAGCCGACAUCUUGGCGUGAAUGGAAUAACUUAACAUUAUGCGACAUGGUAAUUAACAUUAAAACCCUACUAAAGUUAUUUUUUGAAAUUGAAUGCACAUUUCAGAAUUUCAGUCAACACUUCAUAUGACAGCAUAUCUGCCGUAUCUUUGCGUCCGACCAUCUCUGCAAAUCGUGCUCGAUAAAAUCACUGCCUAGCCGGUGUACGUUUUCGUCCAAGACCUCCGAAAAUUCCACAACUGAAUCCGGAUUUCACAGAAAGGGUGCACAGCCCUUUUUCCUUAAACUCACUUUGUAGCGCAUUGCCUAGUCCUAGAAAGCUUUACUUGCGCUAAAAGGAUUCUUCAUUUUCAUCAGGGUUGCAAUUGUGACUUCACUGAAAGCACACUAUUAUUCCAGCUGCUUCAUAUAUACACAUUUAGCGAUGCUGCCUUCAAAGCAUAUAACAUGAUACAGAUCUAUUCAAGUAUUACGACCCGGCCUGGCACUGAGUCACAACGCGAACCUCAUGCGUGUUCAGGGGAUGAAACACAGUGGGUCACGUGAGACGGCGUCGAAACCAGCAAGCCACUCUCACCGAAAAACACCAUUUGCUUAUGGCGUCCUGUUUAGGCCGGCUAACAUUCUGUCCAAUCCGCUUCAAGAGGGAAAUACUAGAGAAGCCGAGCAAGCGCUCGCAGAUAUAGACCAAUCAGGUUCUAGGGGGGCGCUGUGGUCUCAGCCAAUGGCGAGACGGCGCACGCCAUAAGCACGCGCCCUGGCCGUGCGCACCCGAUGUCCCCGGACUGAUUCCAAACGGUACGCAGGGCGAAACCGAAUGCCACUUUUAAGAAAACGAGGACGCGAUCUAUUACGAGACUGAACUUACAAGCAAAAAUUCUUGCGUAUAUCUGCGGGCACCUACGCGAAGUUCGAAAAUGGACGGCAAAACGAGACUGCUUAAGUAAUUUGGAGAAAAAAUUUCUGCCGAGUUUCAACCCGUGAGCGUAAAGGAAUUAACUCCUGACUAUGACCCCUGCGAACCCGUUUAAUCAUUUGAGCACACGGUUAAGUUUUUCAGACGAUGUCUUGGCAACUGUCUCUGUUCCAUUUCAGGUAACCAUGUGUCUCGUGGCGAAUUACUCCAUGCCAUUUGUGACCAACCCUGUGAGUCUGGGAAAACGAAUCCGCGGUUGGCCCAAAGAGCCGCUCAAAGGCAAAAACGAGAGCAUCGGCGAACGCUUGAGGAGCAUUCAGGGUGAACUGACCGUCCUGUUGCGGAGACUGGAAGAGUGCCUGGACCUGGUGCAGGAGAAAAUGAUUCAGGACAAAAUCAUCGAGAACUACUACCGCAUGCAUGUCCACGCCCAAGAGAAGGUCAGCAAGCAGCUCCUUCGAUGCAUUCAAGAACAGCGAAAGUACGGUGAUUCCCUGGACACACAGAACGACCGUCUAGCCGGCCUGGCAACAAAGGUGGACGCCGGCUUUCCCAAAAUCGCCAAGUUCCAUACGUUUACCGGAGCGGAGGGCAUCUACGAGGUGGUGGAUUCAUUCAGCGAUGAGGUGACCACAGAGGCACAGUCCGGCCCAGAUCAGGGACAGGGCUCGACCAACUGCUCGCCGGACUACCUGCACGAGGAAAUGAGUUCCUACAUGCGUCAUCGCAGUACCUCCACGGGCGGCGCGGAGCAGGUGUCGCUGAGCCCGUCCGAGCGCAUUCCGGGAGAAAGCAAAUCCGCCACCUUGGCACCACCAAUGUCCGAAUCAGUCAACCAGCUGCUCAUUGGUUCAGACUCUGUCGCGCCCGGGGUGACUGGUGUCCGUAUAAGUCAGUCGACCAUCCAAGCCGGUCAGAUGACCAUUGAGGAGGCUGAAAUCCCAGAGGAGGAGGAGGAGGUAAACCCCGCCCUCCCAGUGACUAGAGUGCAACCCCCGACACCAUCCGAAUCACCCAUCUCAGAGCUGGAGAAUGUCAUCCAGACAAAUGAGAUCCCGACUGAGGCACCUCCGGACUACACCGCUGCGGAGGUCGCUGAGUCCGUCGUGGAGAUUCCACCAGUAGAAGAACCAGUUGUAGAGUCCUUGCCUCCGCCUCCACAAGAGAUCACACAACCGCCGCCGCCGCCGUCUGAAGAUCCCGGAAAUGCGGAUGAAGCUGGGGCCGGACCAGAGGCCACGGAAGCGGACGAUCGAGCCUCAGUCUCCAAUUCCAACAACUCGGAGUUUGCCAACCAAAGCAAUCCUAUGCGGGUGGCGGUGGAGUCCAUGACUAGCCAGACCACGCUAAACUUUUUGCCGCAAACUACUCGCAAAUCGGGCCACCUAAUUUUCACACAGACCUCUUCCUCCGCUCCGGCCUCUUCCCCGGCCUCGGGGAGCUCCUCUAGAGCGGACUUGCAGAUGCCUUUUGGAGGCAGUGGACAACACAAUGCCUCUGUUGGACAGAGCUGCUCUGCCCUGUCGGAGGGCUAUAGCUCACCAACUCUGAGUUACAACGGCAGUGACCAGCGCAGCUUGCAGAGGGUGCCCCAGCCUCGGCGACCCUCAAAGGAUGCCUUGCCGGACAUUAAUACCAACAACAGUCUAGUCGCCGCCCGACACCUCCACAGACCCGUCCCCAGCUACGCACAGCAGCCCGAGGAGGUGGUGGGAAGGCUCGGACCGGCCCAGACCGAAAGCUGCCUUCGUCCAGUUCCCGUCGUCUCCGUCAGCACUUGCAUUCCACAGUGGGCUAGAGAGCGACUGAUACGCACUGCGGACCAGCCGCUAACGGAGGAAGGGCUCUGCCUCGACUACCGUCGCGGUUGGGUUUCUAGGUCCUCUCUGGAGAAACGUCAGCUGCUGAUCGAAAAGAUUCUGAAGGCGGACGGACAGCAUCUGGAGGAAAUAUUCAAUGCGGUUUUGCGAAAGUGA